CCUGCUGUACCAACGUACCUUCCCUGCAGUCGGGGAGCGAGGGAGGGCGGUCGGUCAGUCGGUCAGAGGCCCAUGCGCACGAUGCAUCCGUAGCUCGUUCGAUUUGGUCGAUUUGGAUUUGGAUCCGCCUUCGAGAGGCGAGAGAUGAGCGACGGCGUUUUCUCGAUCGUGUGUUCUGGUCUCUGGCUCGCCCGCUCGCGUUGUUGUUGUUGUGGCUGACUCGUUCAUGUUCGAGGUUCGUGUGAUUGUGAGCGUCGGGGCGAGGAGGGCGGUGGGGAUGAGAUGGACCGACCAGCAGUUUUUGAGCGCGUUCUGCUUCUGAAUUCAAGAACGUGGAUGGCGAUUUGUUUCAGGACAAACAGACAUGAGGUUUUACUUCCACUGUAAGACUGACUUCACAACAGCUGCCAACCGAGACGAGGCGGGCAGAGUACAGAUCCUUUUGCCGCUAUGUUAAAGCGUUGCCUUGAGGUAGAUAAGGAGGGACUGGGUGGUGAGAAGAGAGAACACAAGCUGUACAUUGGCAACCUCGAUCAUCGUGUUACUGAAUACCAUGUCAUCAAGUUGUUUUCUCCUUUCGGGAAAAUAAGGUGCGAGGAGUACAUGUGGCACACCCAUGGUCCCAAGCGGGGUGAACCCCGAGGUUUUGCGUUCGUGGAGUACAGCAAACGAGAGGAUGCAGAGAGGGCUAAAGCAAGCAUGAACGGCCGACUCGCUUUUGGUCGACCUCUUGUCGUCAGAUUUGUCGAUGAGAAGGUAGUGACUCACAACAACGACGUUCCUUCACGAAGUAGUGAUGGGUGGUCCUCUGGGACCAACAAGUCAUCUAAUUCAUCAGCACCUUCAGCACUCAGCAGCAGUAAAAGUGCGAAGAUUGCUGCCAUUCAGAACAAACUGAAGCUUAUGGAGAAAGAGGAGUUCCAAGAUAAUGAAUCUGGCCCGAGGAAGAUUGCGAAGACAAGCGCUACAUCCAGAUUACACAGCAGUCGUUCCGUCUAACACUGUUAAAUGUAGACCACGUAAAAAUCUAUAGAGGAGAGUCGUAGAUUUCUGUAAAUUAAUUGAUUAAUGGGAACAGCGCUUACACAAAUAGGCAAUUGAAUAGGGUAAUGUAAGGCAUAACAUCACCACAUUAAAUACCGACAUGGCAGAUGGGCCUGUUUUACGGCUCUUCAUCUGUUCCACUCUUCCCUCUUGGGUUUCUGUGUUUGAAAGUUAAGUUCCAUCUGCUUCGGCAAGUAAAAAUGGCUUGGC